CGUGUGAAAAUGACCCAACAAAUGCAGAAUCUACAUCUUUCUCAGUCGAAGAAACAUAGUGCUCCAUCGUCUCCCAAUGCUGCCAAACGCCUGUACAGAAACCUCUCUGAGAAACUGAAGGGGAGCCACUCUUCAUUUGACGAGGCCUAUUUUCGAGCAAGAACAGACCGGCUGAGCCUCAGAAAGACCUCAGUGAACUUCCAGGGCAAUGAAGCCAUGUUCGAAGCAGUCGAACAACAGGACAUAGAUGCCGUGCAGAUCCUCCUGUAUCAGUACACACUGGAAGAACUAGAUCUCAACACACCUAACAGCGAGGGGCUGACGCCUCUAGAUAUCGCCAUCAUGACCAACAAUGUGCCCAUCGCCAGGAUUCUUCUGAGGACAGGGGCCCGAGAAAGUCCACACUUUGUCAGCCUGGAAAGCCGAGCAAUGCACCUCGCCACACUGGUGCAGGAAGCCCAGCAGAGGGUGAGUGAACUGUCUGCCCAGGUGGAGAACGAAGGACCCAGUCUGGACAACACAGAGAAAGAGAAACAGCUGAAAGCGUGGGAGUGGAGGUGUCGGCUCUACAGACGCAUGAGGACCGGCUUCGAGCACGCCAGAGCCCCUGAGGUGCCAGCCAGCGCCUGUCUCAUGGUGACCAGCAGCACCGCACUCACCGUCAGCUUUCAGGAGCCUCUUAGUGUCAACGCAGCAGUAGUAACCAGAUACAAAGUGGAAUGGAGCAUGUCUAAAGACUUUUGUCCUUUGGUUGGAGAAAUCAUCAUGGAAAACCUGCAGACCCUGAGAUGCACAAUCACAGGACUUACAACGGGCCAACAGUAUUUUGUUCAAGUCUCGGCUUAUAACAUGAAAGGAUGGGGACCUGCUCAGACCACGGUACCGGCAUGUGCCUCGCCUUCUAACUGGAAAGACUAUGACGACAGAGAGCCCAGACACAGGGGACAGAGUGACGUUUUGGAAGGUCUGCUGCAGCAGGUCCAAGCCCUUCAUCAGCAUUAUAGCUGCCGGGAAACUUCAAAAUUACAAACCACAGGCCGCAAGCAGUCAGUCUCAAGGAGCCUGAAACACCUAUUCCAUUCCUCAAAUAAGUUUGUGAAGACCUUAAAACGGGGACUCUACUUAGCCGUUAUAUUUUAUUACAAAGACAAUAUGUUAGUCACCAAUGAAGAUCAAAUACCGAUUGUUGAAAUUGAUGACUCUCACAUCAGUUCCAUUACACAAGAUUUUCUGUGGUUCACAAAGCUGUCUUGUAUGUGGGAAGAUAUAAGGUGGUUGAGACAAAGCGUACCUAUCUCCAUGUCCUCAUCCACGGUGCUGCAAACUCGGCAGAAGAUGCUUGCAGCAACGGCCCAGCUACAGCUAAAGCUGUGUAGCUCUGUGGAUCAGAUCAAAGUUCUAGUUACCCAAAAGUUGCCCAACAUUCUCUGCCACGUGAAGAUCCGUGAAAAUAGUAACAUUUCCAAAGAGGAGUGGGAAUGGGUCCAAAAGCUUUCUGGCUCUGAAUCUAUGGAAAGUGUGGAUCAUACUUCUGACUGCCCCAUGCAAUUGUUCUUCUACGAGCUCCAGAUGGCAGUGAAAGCUCUCCUUAAGCAGAUCAAUAUACCUCUACACCAGGCAAGGAACUUCCGCCUCUACACACAGGAGGUGUUGGAAAUGGGUCACAAUGUGUCCUUUCUUCUCCUGCUCCCUGCCUCAGACGACGUCUGUACAGCCCCAGGACAGAAUAAUCCUUACACCCCACACUCAGGGUUUCUUAACCUCCCUCUUCAGAUGUUUGAACUUGGUAUAGUAGCUUGUUAUUCACAGCCCUGCUCUGAUGAAGAAGGCUGCUCGGAAGUCUUCCUUCCCACCGACAGCGACUAUGACUCCAGUGAUGCUCUGAGCCCCCGAGACCUGGAUCUGGUGUACCUGUCAUCACACGACAUCGCCCAGCAAGCGCUAAGUGGCCUAAGUGGCAGCGCCCCCGACGUCCUGCAGGUGCAUGACAUGAAGAGUCCUCUGGGGCCUGGCCAGGACCCCCGGGGCCGAGUCCCGGGGCCAGAACCUGACCACUCGUGCGCCGAGGUCCUCCACAGCCUGACACUCACCGGCUUCGCGUCCAAGAACCACGCCAAGAUGGCGCCCGGCGCGUGGCCGCCGCUGGGCUUCCUGGGAAAGCGGAAGCCAGCCAAGCACCAGCACUACGGCGGCUUCAGCCGCCACCACCGCUGGCUGCGCAUGCACAGCCAGACGCAGUCGCUGUCGCUGUCUGAGGGCGUUUACACGCAGCACCCGUCCCGGGCCUGCGGCCUGGCCCAGGAGCCCGCGGAGACCGAGCGGCUGGGCCCAGCCCCCGAUGGGCCCCGGAGCCUGGUUCUAGCCCACACCACGAGCCUCCCUGAGGAGGAGAAGAGCUGCCUCCAGGACCCGCGGCCUGCGAUACGCCGCAUCUACGUGGAGCCCUACUCCGCGGCCCUGGUGGACGCAAAGCCCUGGGCUGCCUCGAGCCCGCCCCCCGGAGGCCACUCUGGCCUGCCCAGCCCCGCGGGCCCGGAGAUGAGCCCCGAGGGUCCGACCACCUCUCCGGUGUCAGAAAUACUCAGCAGCAUGCUUUAG